AUGUCGGGCAACCACCGAAUAGUAGCCACCGAAAAUAGAGAAGUCAUCCACGAAUUAAAAGUUAAAGAAAGUUCAAGUAAUAGUAAUAAGGGUUCUAAUUCUCAAUCCCAGCAAAAUAUAUCGGCUAAUUAUCAAUUAACAGAAAAACUAAAUCAGGGCAAUAAUAAUUUAG